AGUACAUCUUAUCCGGUCAUAGUAAUGGCAACUGAAGUACGGAUGGUGCUAUAUGAAGAUGACUCAGUGCAAGUACAAUAUAUUGAUGGUUCCAAAUUGCAACUUUCUCCCUGUGGCUCUGAAUUUUUAUUUGAAAAGUCACCUCCUGUUUCAGCACAUCCUUUAGAACAACCAGAAAGAAUUCGUCAAAGGACACACUUUGUUAUUAGCACUUACAAAGAGCAACUACAGCGAGCCCUAGAUUUUCGAAACUCUUCAGCUUCUCACCCUUUUUUAUCUGAAAGCAUCAUACCUUCUGAAAGAAAAAAGCAUAUCUUCAUUGACAUCUCAGAAGUACGAUGGCCCAGUCUUGAUACAGUUGGUAGCAUGAUAUGUAUGGAGAGUGGCACCGUGAAGAUAACAUCUCUAGAUGGUCAUGCAUACCUUUGUCUACCCAAAUCUCAGCAUGAAUUUACAGUGCAUUUUUUGUGUAAAGUUAGCCAGAAGCCAGACUCAUCUGUAGCAUUGUCAGAAAAAACUAAUCAUGUCCCAAAAGAAAAAGUACAUGAGAAAGCUGGAAAAAUCUGUACAUAUGGAAAUGUAUUAGGACAAAGACUGAAGAAUAAGGAAAAUGAACUUUAUUGCCAGAUCAUGAAAUCCAAAGAACAUUUAAGGAAGACAAGUUGUGUAAAUGGAACUGAAGGGAGGGAGAAACUGUCUUCAUCUGGUCCAAAGCACACAUAUGUAUAUACGUGGGUAAAGCAGUGCUGGUCUGUGGACUCCUGUCCAGAGGAAUGGAAAUAUCCUUUGUCUUUAGCACUUCAUUUUCAUAAUAAAGUUAGCAAUAUGUCUAAAAUUGGUGCAGAUAUCAUCCAGAGUAGAGUUUCAACUUCUGAUGUUUCAGAGGAAAGAGGAAAAGAAAUUUCUGUUCUUCCCAGGGCCCUGUCCCUCAGCUGUCCUGUCCCACACUUACACAGGUGGAAUUUUUGUGAUUCACUUUUACACAUACAGUCUGAUGAAGAAGAAUAUUUCUAUCCUGAACUAGUGAAAAUGGUUUGGUACAAGGGUGUUACAUAUAGACUUACACAUAAACAUAUGAACUCAAUAGAGAUUUAUCCUGGAGAUGGAUCUGUUUUCAAAUCAGAAGGAACUUAUUUUGGGAAAUAUUUUACAUAUUAUUCCAUUCAAGAAGGAUCAGAAGAGAGAGAAGAGAAAACUUAUUUAGUAAAUAACCUUCCUCCAGAUAGACCAGGAACUCUGUUCUCUGUGUGUUCUCUAAUUAAGCAGGCAACAAGAAUUCUUCAACACUGUGUGAAGAUGAGACUUUCUUUAGGCCAUAACUAUUGUAUAUGCUGCUGGAAAAUGGUAUCUGAGAUGAAGGAGAGCAAUAUACUGCCUUUGCUUUUGAAAGAAUCACUUAUUCCCAGUAUAGGGAGAUUUCUCGCCUACUCUGAUGACAAAGUACAUGCUAUCUUUUUAGAUGGUAUUACUCUAACUCUAAAUUGGAAUUUCAGCUCUUCUACUGAUGAGAGACAGGUAAAUCAAGGUGUCAUCUUAGGUUGGUGUAAGUUAACUUUUCCUGAUGGACAAGAUCAGUUAAUUCAAAUUGAACACCCUGAGCCAUAUGAAAGAUAUGUGACAACAGUAACAUCAUGGUGCAGAAGACUGACCCAAACUAGUCCAAGAGAGAGGCCUACACAUACUUCACCUCCUGUUCUUGAAGAAAAUUGGUCUGUUGCUUCUGAACUUGAAAAGAUACAGAAGUUUAACUUGCUACUGGAAAAUAGUGGUGUCCUAAACCAGACUUCAAACAAGAAAAAUGAACAGUCUUCUGAUAGUUAUAAACUAAGAUCUUCAGAAAUUUUGCUAGAAGAAGUUACUGAAAAGAGAGUAUCAGUAGCAUUGAAGAAAACCUCAGAAAUCCUUCAGGAUAUUGACUGCCUUCUGUCAAACUCUAAAAAAUGAAACAUGGAAUUAUUACAAUAUGUUAUUAAAUUUCAAGGAUGUUGUUUCAAGUGACUGGUAUGAAAUUACUAGCAAGCCAAGAAAUUGUAUAUAUUACUUCUGCAUAAUGAUUACUGGUAAUUGACAUUUAACUUUGGAAGUAUUUUAAUUUGUAAAUUUUAAAAAUAUAUUGUUUUAUAAUACAUUUUAUUAAUAAAGAACCUAUUUAAAAAUUUUAAAC